AUGAAGAAAGAUUUCAUUUUUGGACCAAACGCGGUUAAAUCAGAAAUCACAGGGACCAUUUUUGAGGUGAAGGUGUUCAAUGAGCUUGUUGUUUCAGACACAUCGAAAGGUCUUGUUCAUAUAUUCUUUGCACAAAGUGCAAUCUCAAAGGUACCUAAAGUUACUGAUGUUGGUCUAAAGCCAAGAAGUGUGAAGAAAGUUGCUGUGAUUGGUGGAGGUUUAAUGGGGUCUGGAAUAGCAAUUGCCCUUAUCCUUGGUAAUAUAAAAGUUGUUCUCAACGAAAUCAACUCUGAGUAUCUUCAAAAGGGAAUAAAAACAACAGAAGCAAAUGUUAAAGGAUCGGUUUCAAGGAAGAAGCUACCACAGGGCCUAGGUGAAAAGUCCAACUCACGUGAUGCCACUACUGGAGAUAGUUAG